GGUUGUAUGGUUCGAGGACAAGGACGCACAAGGAAUCAACUCAAGCUUCAGAGAUGCUGCUGUUUGUGAUCAGCUUCACCGCUUUGGUGUGCACCGCCGCUGCACGGCCUUCACUCAGCUACCUGGAGAAUCAUUUCAUGGCUGAGAAUGAGUCAGAGGAAGUACGCUCAGCUGCUAUCAAGAGACUUUUGGAAGUUUUUGGGAUGGAGGACCCCCCUGCUAUCCAUGGACGCAAGCAGCCACCUCAGUACAUGCUCGAUCUGUACAACACGGUUGCUGAUGUGGACGGUGUGACUAAAGACCCGUAUCUUCUGGAGGGGAAUACUGUGCGCAGCUUCUUUGACAAAUUGCGCAGUGAGCAGGUGGAGUUCAGGUUCAAUCUGUCCACAGUUGCCAGAACUGAGAAGAUUCUUACUGCAGAGCUCCAUCUUUUCAAGCUGCGACCUCAGGCAACACUGACAUUCAACAGACACCAUUUCUGCCAGGUUAGUGUCUACCAGCUGCUCCACACCAGCAAAAACAACACACAGGGGAAGAAGCUGCUGUCUUCUCGACUCAUCCCAGUCCACUCUACUGGUUGGGAAGUGUUCACCAUUACACAAGCAGUCCGCUCCUGGAUGAUAGAUGAAGGCAGUAACCUCGGGCUCCAUGUUGUGGUUCGGACCCUGGGAGGAAGCCAGAUGGAUCUGAAGCUGAUCCGCUUUGCUUCAGGACGCAACCACCACCAGAGCAAACAGCCCAUGCUGGUCCUGUUUACUGACGAUGGCCGCCGCUCUACUACUCUUGAAAGCACAGACCCAAAUGAUUCCACAGCCUCUUCCAGCCUGCCCCUGGCCCCCAUGUCAGGUCCAUCCUCCCGCAGCGCCCGCUCCGUGGACUACAGUGAGGAGGAAGGUGCGUCUUCGCCCUGCCAGCGCUUGCCCCUCUACGUCGACUUCGAGGAGAUCGGCUGGUCGGGCUGGAUUGUGUCUCCCCGAGGCUACAACGCUUACCACUGCAAAGGCUCCUGCCCCUUCCCUCUGGGUCAGAACAUGAAGCCGACCAACCACGCCACCGUUCAGUCCAUCAUCAACGCCCUGAAGCUGAUCAAAGGCAUUGAGACGCCGUGCUGCGUGCCAGACAAGCUCUUCUCCAUCAAUUUGCUCUACUUUGAUGAUGAUGAGAAUGUGGUGCUGAAACAGUAUAAUGACAUGGUGGCUGGAAGCUGCGGCUGCCACUGACAUCAGCUAGUCACUGGUGUCGGGAUACAUAGACAUACUUACUUUAUGCUUAGACAUACUUAAAAAAUACAAUGUAAAUAGUUUUGUUACAUAGAUAGCCAGCUGCCCUUUAAAACUCAAAUGUAAGUAAUGAUAAAUGUGCAGUGUGUCACAUACAGUAGGUGGCAUUGUAAUAUAUGUAAAUAUCCAUAAAUUAUAAUAUAUGGAAGUGAUAUCGUGUGAAAGAUGUGAAUGUGUAAAUUUUCUGUUGUGAAUUGUUACAGUCAGAAUAAAUGCUGUAAACAAAAGACUGUAGAAUGGAGUUAUUGGCAUACACUCAAAAAUUUGACAUUAUUUUAAGGUCUAAACUAAAGUGUUACUGACUGACAUGACAGAAAAGCAAAUUCUUUAGCUUUCACAGUGGUCAACAUUUGGUCAAAGUAAAGGACACCUUCACAAUUCUUGCUACAACAAUCUUCCCAAUCCUUGCUGUAUUUACACAAGAAUGUUUGCAGUCUCCUUCA